AUAUUUUCUAGAAAAACGCAAACAACAAAAAAAGAUCAUCAAACUCAAUAGUUUUACAAAAGAAUCUUAUUUUUUUACUUCUACUCAUUUUAUGUUCGAAUUUCAACAUUAAACGGUUUUGAGGCGUCUUAUUGAUAAGAUGUCGUUUUGUGUGGAUUAAAAUAACUAAAUGUUGCCGGUUCAAUUAAUUUAUAAAUAAAAAAAUAAAUUAAACUAAUUUGCAAACAACAAUAUUAGAAAAAAAAAUGUGUCGAAUUUAACAAGGAAAUUGAAAACAUAAUUUUAACAAGAAUUAAUAGUUUUUUAAUUAUAAUAUUAAUAACAAAAAAAGUGCUAAAAUUAAAAUAAAAUAUACCUAUAGCUAAUACGUACAUAUGUGUUCCUAAUACGUCAUUGUUAUAACGUAAAUAAAUUAAACUCGUUUUUAUUAAUACGCGCUCAGUAUAAAUAAAACGCUGUAACGUCAUUUUGUAAAUUAUAAAGUUAUAUUUACAAAAUACUUUCUAUUAGGAAAUAAAAAAAAAUUUUAAAAUUUUGGAUAUUCUACCGAUUUCGAUGAGACAAAAUUCUAAGAAUUAUAUGUAAACAUUCGCUAUAUUGUGAUAUUACCACGGAUAAUAAGGUUAUUUCCCAGCUUUUGAAAACCGAUAAGAAUUUGUAUAAAAGUGCAACAACGCCAUUGUGAUAUUAUUAAUUUUAGUUUAACUAUAAAGAUAACCACAACAACAGCUUCCAAACACAUUUCAAAAUGAAUUCCACAAACGGUUUUUUUGAUGAACAUAUAACUAUGUUAUAUACACAUUUGAUAAAUCAAUAUGUGCCCGAAUAUUUUAAGGGUUUCGAAUAUACACCCUGGGUAUUUUCUCUAUUGGGUUCAGUGGUUAUAGGUUUAAGUGGUAUUUUACCGCUGCUUAUAAUACCAACAGAUGACAAAUUAAAUAAACAAGGAUACAAAGAUCCUGGUGAAUCAAAGUUCCUAAGAGUUUUACUUAGUUUUGCUGUCGGUGGUCUAUUGGGUGAUGUUUUUCUGCAUUUAUUGCCGGAGGCGUGGGAAGGUGACAAUGAAAAGACAACAUCUGGUCACCCCUCUCUAAACUCUGGCCUUUGGGUACUAUCUGGUAUUUUAAUUUUCACAAUAGUAGAGAAAAUCUUUUCUGGCUAUGCAAAUGCCGACGAAGAAAAUCCUCAACCCAAAUGUGUAGAAAUUGCCAAUUGUUUAAUGCGACGCAGGGGAGGUAAACUAUUGGAAGGUGAAACCUCAGAAAGUUGUGGUGGUAAAGGCUGUGACAUAGAAGACGUUCCCAAUGGUUGUUUUUUGCGUGAACGUGAGCAAAAGAGUAAAGAUCAACCUAAAAAGGUGGCUGGUUAUUUGAAUCUUAUGGCAAAUUCUAUAGAUAAUUUUACACAUGGUUUAGCAGUGGCUGGUUCAUUUUUGGUCUCAUUUCGUCAUGGUGUUUUGGCAACAUUUGCUAUAUUGUUACAUGAAAUUCCCCAUGAAGUAGGUGAUUUUGCUAUUCUUUUACGUUCCGGUUUUAGUCGUUGGGAUGCGGCACGCGCUCAAUUAUUAACCGCUGGAGCUGGGCUUUUAGGUGCUUUAGUGGCCAUUGGUGGUUCAGGUGUUACUUCAGCCAUGGAGGCUCGCACUUCUUGGAUUAUGCCCUUUACUGCCGGUGGCUUUUUACACAUAGCUUUGGUUACAGUAUUACCGGAUUUAUUGCAAGAAAGCAAUCGUCUUGAAUCAAUUAAACAAUUUUUGGCUUUAUUAGCUGGCAUUGCCCUAAUGGCCAUAAUGACCAUACUAUUCGAACACUAAAAUUUUACAUUCACAUUU